AUGUAUAUAACUGGAAUUCGACGAACUAAGUCAGAAGGAAGUAUUUGUACUAUUCGUAUGCUCAUUUCCUCCGAUGAUCGGACACUGCUCACAAAUCAAGAUUUAGAAUCUAUCUUACUCAACCACAUUUCGCAUUCCUUGGGGAAUCCAACCCCUAGUGGGUUCAAUCAAACAUCGCAUUACGGGUCAAGGAAAACGUCAUGUAGUAAACAUAAUUUCUUUGGUACUAUGAUGCGUCGAAAGCCUUUCACUGGACACACCAACCACACCAAUUAUCUACAUCAGAAUCGACGUCAUUCUGCUCACAAGAUUGAAGAGUUUUCAAGACAUAUUGCACUGACAACUCACCAUACAGGAUUGCUACUCAGUCUUCCGUCAACUUUUGGAAGCAAUCCAACUUCAAAACCGUCCAAAACUGUCCAUUUCCUUGUGGGGAAACAUGAAGAUUAUGAUCUGCCUUCACUUCCAGAUAAAAGACCAAAACGUAGUCGUCUGUUCUUCCGACAUUCAGUGAGUAGCGCAGCUCCAAAAAUUAGUCUAACUGAGGGCACGCUCAACCCCCCAGAGGAAGUUAUGCGUUUUCCGCUUAGAAGAUCAGUUUCUCUAGGCCUACUCUCGGAACGACAAAAGAAGUGUAUGGAUAUAGUCUUUCAACAUACAGAAAGUCAUGUUCUGGACUCAGGAAAAAAGACUCUUGCAAAGCGUCUGAAACGUGUCAAUAGGGGAUUUAAUCUCACCGAUAUGCAUUGGAUUUCGAGGAAAUAUUCAAUGUCGAGUGGAAUUAGCUUGAAGUCUGCGGGGAGUUACGAAGCAGCACAAGUGGGGGAAAUGGCGCAUAUGUCAUUGUCAUUAAAAAUUCAGACCGAUGUAAGUUUGUGA